AAGAUGGCGGCGAGGGGGAGAACGCUGAAGGUGGAUGCAGCUUCAGCGGCACCAGCUGUCUCCGGGAUAGGAAGGGGAAGACUCUGUUGCUAGGUGACCACCUAACAGUCGCCCGCCCCGCCGAACCUUGCUGUAUUCACACACAGGCUCCCCUCCCUUGCCCCCUUUUGCGUCGGAGAGGCUGGUGGAGCCACUGGUGGUCUAUGGGAGGGAGGUGGCCCCCGUGGCCAGCGCUGUCACCAUGGAUCUCCGCAUGGCUGUCUACAACGCGGCCCGAGAAGGGAAGCUGAAGCUUCUCCAGAAGUUACUGGGAAGCAGGAGCCGAGAAGAGCUGGAAGAGCUGACAGCAGGGCCUGGUGGGGGAGACGGCUCAGGGGGCACCCCACUGUUGAUUGCUGCCCGCCAUGGGCACCGAGAGGUGGUGGAGUACCUGCUGGAUCACUGUGGGGCCCGGGUGGAAGUGGGAGGCUCGGUCAACUUUGAUGGUGAGACCAUUGAGGGAGCCCCACCCCUGUGGGCCGCCUCAGCCGCUGGGCAUCUGAACGUGGUCCGUAGCUUGCUGGAGCGGGGGGCUUCCGUGAACCAGACGACGCUGACCAAUUCAACUCCGCUGCGGGCAGCGUGCUUCGAUGGACACUUGGAGAUUGUGCGCUAUUUGGUGGGGGAGCAGGGGGCCGACCUGGAAGUGGCGAAUCGCCACGGCCACACGUGCCUGAUGAUCUCUUGCUACAAAGGGCACUCGGAGAUCGCCCGCUACUUGCUGGAAAGAGGAGCAGACGUGAAUCGCCGCAGCGUCAAAGGGAACACCGCUCUGCAUGACUGUGCCGAAUCCGGAAGUUUGGAGAUCCUGAAGCUGUUGCUUGACUCUAAGGCCCGCAUGGAAAAGGAUGGUUAUGGGAUGACCCCGCUGUUGGCAGCCAGCGUGACUGGCCACACCAAUAUUGUGGAAUACCUCAUAGAGGGAGCACUUAAGGAGGAGGAGGAGGUGGAGGGGAAGGGGGGAGCGAAUGACACUGGUUGUAGUGGGGUGGGGUGUGAAGAAGACCACGAAGGCUGCUCGGCCACUUCCCCCAGUGAUGGGGAACCUCAAGUUUACUGCACUCGAGAGGCUGCCGUGGAAGCACUUGAAUUACUGGGAGCUACCUUUGUUGACAAGAAGCGGGAUCUCCUCGGGGCUCUCAAGCACUGGCGCCGGGCUAUGGCCCUUCGGCACAACAGCAAGUGUUACCUAGCAAAACCAGAGCCCCAACAGUUGGUUCUGGCUUAUGACUAUUCCCGGGAGGUGGGCACCAUGGAGGAACUUGAGUCCUUGGUGACUGAUCCGGAUGAAAUGCGGAUGCAAGCGCUGUUGAUCCGGGAGCGUAUUCUCGGGCCGUCUCACCCAGAUACCUCUUACUACAUUCGCUACCGAGGAGCUGUCUAUGCCGAUUCGGGGAACUUUGCCCGCUGCAUCAACCUGUGGAAGUACGCCUUAGAAAUGCAGCAAGUCAACUUGGAGCCCCUGAGCCCCAUGACGGCGAGCAGCUUCCUCUCCUUUGCUGAGCUUUUCUCGUACGUCCUUCAAGACCGUUCGAAAGGCACCUUAGCGACUCAGCUGGGUUUUUCUGACCUUAUGGGGGUUCUUGGCAAGGGAGUCCGUGAGGUCGAGAGGGCUUUGCUGCACCGGAAAGACCCUAUUGCAGACUCGGCACAGUUCACCAAGGCUCUUGCUAUCAUCCUUCACUUAGUGUUCUUGCUGGAGAAAGUGGAAUGUUCUCCAGAACAGGAGCACCAGAAGCGUCAAGCCAUCUACCGCUUGCUCAAGUGUAACCCACGGGGCAAAAAUGGCUUCACCCCUCUGCAUAUGGCGGUGGACAAGGAGACCACCACUGUUGGCCGCUACCCCGUGGGGAAGUUCCCCUCGCUCCACGUGGUGAACCUCCUGUUGGAGUGUGGGGCUGACCCGGACAGCCGUGACUACGACAACAACACCCCCUUGCACGUGGCUGCCCGGAACAACUGCCCGCUCAUCAUGAGCGCCCUGAUGGAGGCGGGAGCCCACAUGGACGCUACCAACGCCUUCAAGCAGACAGCCUACGAGCUGCUGGAUGAGAAGCUCCUCACCAAGGCUAUGAUGCAGCCCUUCAAUUACAUCACCUUACAGUGCCUUGCUGCCCGAGCCCUUGACAAGCACAAGAUCCCCUAUAAGGGCUUCAUCCCAGAAGAGCUGGAGGCCUUCAUCGAACUCCACUAGGGGUGCAAGGCUGUAUCUGCUGGCAUUGUCCCCCCCUGGAUCUCAGUGGCCGGGUGGGAAGGAACAGGGAGGGGAAUGCAGUCUUCCUGGGCUCUAGGUUCUAAAAGGUUUAUUUUGUACUGGGACAAGGGAUGCCCUUCACCACCCAAUUCAAAGAGGGAAAUGAAUGAUCCGAGCCUUUAGCUGCCCACCUCCAGGAGGGCCAAGUUCCAAGUAAGAUGGCUGGGAGGGCAAGUUAUGGUUUCCACUUGCCCCUCAUUGCCAACCAGUUAUUUAAGAAACAGUGUGGUUUUCAUUUGUCACUCGCUCUCUGAAUGCCAGCCUGCUUGACAAGCUUUGGAGUUGUAAUGUUUGCAAAAGCCCUUUGUCUCCUGUUCCAUGAGCACACAAGCGUGCUCGCCAGGAACUAAACCCCAGUCUUAAGUCUCUUAAAUCUUUUGAGUUUGCCUCAUUAACCAGAGAGCUGGUUGCUGAAUGCUCUGCAGAGAGUGCUGGAGUCGCUGCUUGCACAGUUUACAGCGCUGAGCUUUUGGUGAGGAUUGGUUGUGUUCUGGUUUUGUUUUUCUUCUGUUUUGUGGCCAGUGUAAGAUUGCUGCUGGAGGUUUUUCCAAAACCUUUUCUUUCUUUGCAGUUAGGCUUCACUGCUAUCCCAGGCUGCUGAUAUUUCUCUCUGCUGUGGAGUUCCUCUCCCAGGAAAAGGAUGGGACGGUUUGGUUAUCUGCAGUCAAACAUUAGCCCCUUUGGCAAUUGCAUGAAGUGCUGUUCACAGCACACAAGCAAACAUAUUGGGGUCAUUUGCUUGGGUGCAUCUAUUGUCACCUUUUAGUUCAGAGUAGUCCCAGGUUUGGGAGCCUGUAGGGCACAGUUCCCAUCAUCCCCUGCCAGCAUGAUGCUGGCAGGGGAUGAUGGGAACUGUAGUCCAUAACAUCUGGAGGGCCGCGAGCUUGACACCUGUGCUGUAGGGGAUAUGCCUUCCAAAGUGGAUCGUGUGCCUACUACAUUUUGGCUGUGGAUGUUUUCUCUUGCAUGGCUGCUGAAGGUGAUUGCGGGGGGAGGAGGGAUGCUGCUUUAUGAUAUCAGAAAAUGAAAGUGCCAAAGAAAAUUAUGUGCGUUGUGUAUACUUUCCACACUUUGACAGUUGUCUUCCCCAGCCCCAUUUAUGAAAUUUGAAAAGGUUUUUUUCAAACAAGAACUGUGGUCGUUUCGUGAACUUAAGUCUAGAUUUGACUAUGACAGAACAGAACAACAGAGGAAGUUAGAAACGGUAGUUGGAUAACAUUAUACUAAACAAGGGCCCUCAUCCUUUUUAAUCCCGUGUGCACCUUUGGAGUUCAGACAACAUGAUGUGCACAGCAACAAAUGGCUGCUACAGGAGGGGGGAGGGAGCUACAGAAAAUGGCUGCUACAGGUUAUCUUGUGUCUGUGGCGGCAGCUGCUACCAAAGCAACAUCUGUAAAAAUCUUCACAACCAAAUCCAAUCUCCAGUGGCCAAUUAGAAGCCUGGCUUGGCAGAGACACCACCUGGUCCCGCCCACUUGUUGAAGACACUUGGGCACCAGGAAAAGGGUCAGUCUUCAUAGCAUCCUCAGGCAUCCCACUGGGGAUCCCUGCCAUUUUUUAACAUCACCUGGGUUUGAAAUCAGUGUUUGCUUCAGACGGUCAGAAACAAUGCAUUGGUCUUCGACAUCUGCUUGCCAAGUGUAACAGUGAGAAUGUGCUUGGAACAGGAAUCCAUCCCUCUUUCAAACUGCUUGCAACUCUCUGGGAGGAAAAAUAGUCCAGUAUCUGUCCUUCCAAAUUGCUUAUAAUGUUAAGGGUUGCCAGUAAAUCUAGAUCGUAACUUUAGUAGAGUGUCUUCCUCAUACACAACAUCGUAAUAACUCUGAACUAAAUCUGCCACAUGAGAUGCUCAUCAUUUCAGUGACGUAGUGGUUAAGAGCAGGUGCAUUCUAAUCUGGAGGAACCGGGUUUGAUUCCCCGCUCUGCCGCUUGAGCUUGUGGAGGCUUAUCUGGGGAAUUCAGAUUAGCCUGUGCACUCCCACA